UGUCGCCCCGCCCUCGCCCUCUUGCGCCUGCGUGGCUAUGGCGGCGCCCGGUUCGGAGAUGGAGGCGGCGGGCGCGGCGGGGCCGGAGGAGCUGGUGUGCGCGCGGGGCCGGAACCGCAAGGCCGUCCUGUGCCAGCGCUGCAGCUCCCGCGUGCUUCUGCCUGGCACCGCCACCUUCACCCGCCGAGAGCUUUUCCUCCCUGCUAUGAAGAAGAAGACCGCCCUGGUGGGCAACAGUGACUUGGAUGGGGAUGUCCUACAGGACCACUGGCUGGUUGAUGACAUGUUCUCUUUUGAAAAUGUUGGCUUCACCAAGGAUGUUGGAAAUAUAAAGUUCCUGAUCUGUGCAGACUGUGAAAUCGGUCCUAUUGGCUGGCACUGCUUGGAUGACAAAAAGAGUUUUUACGUGGCCUUGGACCGUGUGUCCCAUGAAUGAUGUGCUGACUGGUGACCAAAAGAUCAAUGAUCUUCCUGUCGGCUGGUUCAGACAUGUUACAGCUACUCUUCUCUCUAGCGGACUAAUGUCUACUUUGUAAUGCCAACAUGCAGCCUUGAAAACGGCUCAAGAAUGGUGCCCUAACAUGUUGCAUUGAAAGAAGUGUCUGCUUAUAUUGCUUGUCAAGUGACUUACGACUCCCUUGAACCCCUUCUUCCCCAUUUAAUUCUUGCCCUGAGUCCUGUUCUUGUCUAAAAUCUUGCAGAUUACAUUGGUGUAAUUUGAAGCAAAGACCUCGCUUUAUUUAAUUAUUGAGUGAAAGAAAAAUAUUGAGAUACACUGAACCAUCUAUCCCCUGUAAAGUGAGCAUAUUAAUGCAACUGGAAGAAUUCUUAGCCUUUUUUUUUGUGUGUGCUUUUGGGCAGUAUCAUAUCCAGAUUUAUAGUUUUCUGCUGUAUUUUGGACCAAAGGGUGCAUACUUUUGACUUUAAUGUUUACAGACAUGACUGCUAUAUCUCUGUCAAUUGACAUUUUAUAAUUGACAUUUUAUAAUUUCUAUCUUAUAACUGUUAUUGAAAGCCAAGUCUUGGUUGCGGGACUUUUUAAAUGUGGGAAAAUAAAACGAAGCUUUUGAGAGUGCAGAAAGAAAAGUACAAGAAAAAAUGUCAUUGGAGGAGCUAACCUUCUAAUCCUUUACAAAUAUUUGUAUUUAAUUAAAUGUAAACCAAGCUUUUCAAUUUGUAUGUUGUGAUCUUUCUAUAAAAUGUUGCCAGAGAUAAUGAA